AUGCCCGUCUUCGCCAUGCAGCGCUCUAUCUCGGCACACCCGGAAGCUCGUAAUGGUGUCAAAGAAGUCGUCUUCGUAUACCUUCCGGAAGACGAGUUGAAGCCGCCUCGGCACCACUACCUAGAAGCAGCCGUGCCGGUAGCUCGAGAGGCGCUGAAACUCGGCGCGAGGGUGACACUUGUGAGACCAUCGGACGAGGCCGCCGGACCACAGGACUACGUGAAGAACGGCCUAACGCACGAAGAGCAGUUCUUGAAGGGGCUCCUCGGUAGUUCCUGGCUUGGCCAUCCACCCGGUGGCGAUGAAGAGAGCGACAACGACGAUGAUCCUGAGCGUCUGACCCGGAAGCAGGCCAGCGACUUUCGGAUCAUCUCCGAGGAGGAGUACGCGAUGGAAGUCGGGCAGGAGGCGUUCAAGCUAGAGACGUGGUGGGGCGGUUCCUGA